AUGCCGCGCUAUUUUUCGCUGGGAGGUCAGUCGUCGUACAACAAUGAAGCUGCUCGCCAGCAACUUUUUUCGCAAGCACAGGAGCUGAAGAAUGUUUCUGCGAUAGCUUUUGAAGAAGGAAAGGAAACAUCGUCGUCGGCUCUGGAAGAAGUCAAGCAUCUCGGACAGUCUGUGCAGGAACGCGUUAGCCAUGCGAACGAAGCGGUUACUUCGACACUAUCGCAGGACGCUGAUAUGAUUCACAAGGCCUCAGAUUUUGCUACGAAUGAUUUGCAGGCGCAUGGUCUUGGUGGUUGGACCCCUUCUGGUAUGCUGCAGCAUUUGCUGGAUGGCGUGCAGUACUUGACAGACUUGCCCUGGUGGGCGACCAUUAUUUUGGUGACCUGUGGUAUUCGUCUGGCGAUUGCGCCGCUUCUUGUGUAUGUGCAAGGCAAUUCAAUUCGUCUGUCCAACAUUCAGCCCCAGAUGCAGAGUCUGCUGAAGGAGCUGCAGUAUGCCAAGUCGAUGGGCAACCAGCAGGAAAUGCAGGUGUCGGCCAUGAAGGUUCGCAAGCUGUUGGCGGACAACAAUGCGUCGCCCUUCAAGUCUCUGUUACUUCCUGUUGUGCAAAUGCCGAUUUUCCUUUCGUUCUACUUUGCGCUGAAUGGCCUGGCCAAGGCACCGUUGCCUGCACUUACUACGGGCGGUGUAGCUUGGUUCCCUGAUUUGACAGCCGCUGAUCCGUACUAUGUGCUUCCGAUUUUAAGUUCGGCUAUGACCUUGCUUGUGCUGGAGACAGGUGCGGAGACCGGCACGACGGGCAUGAACCAGACGCCGCAGGCACGUAUGAUCAAGAAUGUGUUGCGUGGUGUGACAGUGUUGGCAGCCUGGUUCAUUUCCAGUUUCCCCUCUGCUGUACUACUUUACUGGACAACGACGAAUACUUUCUCGUUAGUGCAGCUGCUGGCCCUGCGCACACGAUUCUUUAAGCGCCUGUUGCGUCUGCCCGAGAAGAUUGAGCACCCCGUGCAGCCGCAUGUGAAGCAAAAGUCGUUCAUGGAAGGCAUUCGUGAGGGUAUGGGUAGCAACGCCCGUCCUGCUACACCUGUUCGCCGCCCACCGCCGCCGUCGGCGCUUCGCAAGGCACAGGAGACGCCGCAGACCAUGAGUCAGACCCGCAGCCGUGCGUUAGACUCGCUCAUGACGGAGGGCGGCGCAUCCAAAGCGUCCGCCACGACUGAUGCAGCCCGUGAAGCGAGCAGCUUGGAAAAGCAGUCGCGUGUCGCUGCAGCGCGUGAACGCCGCCUGCGUCAGCGCUCCUAA